AUGAGUAAAUUACUUGAACAAGUACUUCAAGCAAAUAUUUUUCUACAACCAUUUCAAUUUUCUAUUGUUAUGGUAAUCAAUAUUCUUAAUAUAUGUGUAUUAUGUUCUCGUGCUCUUCGUUCAUCAUCAUGUACACAUUAUUUCUUAGCUUAUUCGGUCUUUAGUAUUAUCUAUAGUUGUUUGGCAUGUUUAACACAAUUUUUACGUGGUUUUUCUAUUGAUUGGGCAAAUCAUCGAAUCGGAUGUAAAUUACAUUUCUAUAUUUUAUUUGUUGUUCCAGUUCAAGCUAAUCUAAUGCUUAUUUUAGCUUCAGUUGAUCGGUAUUUUUCUAGUUUAAAAUCACAUCGAUUAAAUUCGAAAAUAAAUGGGACAACAUAUGGUAAUUCAACAUUGGCAUCAUACGGUGCAAUGGUUGGCAUAGCGUCAACUAAUGUAUCAGCCUAUUCGAAUGGAAAUGAUAGCUAUAUCUCCGACGAAUCCAAUUAUCUUUAUAAUAUAUACACUGGAAUGCCAUGGCAAUGCGUCGAAUAUGCACGUCGAUGGUUAUUCAUACGUAAAGGUUGUGUUUUUAAUAGUGUUGAUGCAGCUAAUGAUAUGUGGAGUCAACUGUCUAUUGUUCAACGAGUUGUCGAUGGAAAAUGUUUUUCUCUGAAAAAAUAUCAAAAUGGUUCAACAAGUCCACCAAAAAACGAAUCAUUACUUAUCUAUAGUCGUGGUAAAGAUAUGCCAUAUGGACAUGUUGCUGUUAUAGUGGAUGUCUUAAACGAUUCUAUUCAUGUAGCUGAACAAAAUUUUCAUGCAUAUUAUUGGGCGGGUAACUAUUCUCGACGAAUUCCAUAUGUACUGAAGAAUGGUAGUUAUUAUAUCAUGGAUGAUUAUAAUAUUUAUGGUUGGAUGUCAGUUGAAGAUAAUAAUGAAAAUUAUCCAUUGAAUCAAUCGACUAUCAAUAAAAUUCUUCAAAAAAAUAUAUCGUUUCCUGAUUUUAUUUGUUCAAAAAGUAUCAAGCAUAAUUACAUUUCAUUAUAUUAUUACCUUGGUUUUUUUCUUUGUCUUACAUUUUCAUCGAUUUUUCUCUGA